CCAAUUUUAAUUUAUUCUCUAGGAAUCAAUAAAAGUGUUUAAAUUUGUUCUAUUUGUGAUGGAGAAUUUUCCAACUGUCAUAGAUGUAGAUGGAGAAUGGAGUUCAAUCAAAGUUAGAAUAUAUUCCUUGAUCAACCACUUUACCAAUAAGCCUCUUUAUUGGUCUUACAACUCGAAAUUUUUUAGGAACAAUUGACACAUAACAAUCUGUUUGCAUACAGAUACAAGUUACAAGUACUACUCUUAUCUUCCUACGCGACACUAGUUUGGUUCGCGGUUGAUGUGGUUGCUCCCCUACUCAUAUUGUCGGGAAUCAUGCAGAAAUCGUUCGCUCAAAAUCUUGUAAAACUAUCAUCACUGCCAGUAAUUCUUGUUCUCCUCUUCUAUUGUUUGGAUAUGAUGGUUUCAGCUAGAGGCUCUCAUGUGACUAAUCCUGGUAUUGAGUCCGAUGACGAUGAUUUGAAGCAAGAUGAGACAUCAUUGACAGUAUCCACGAGGAAACGAUUAGAGCCCCUGCAUCGCGAUACAGAAUACAGACUAGUAACAGCAUCUCAGGAGCUGGAAAUGGAAUUAGCAGCUAAUAAUUAUAAUAAGUCUAAUAAGACAUGGUUAUGGUCGCGACAACAGCAGCCUUUUCAGCUAUGUCUGGCUUGCAAGUGUUGUGUGUCCGCGGUGGAGACAGAGGCAGAGGCAGAGGCAGAGCCCAGCAACUGUACAAGCUUGCCUUGUUGCUUUGUUAUAGACUGCCAACUCCCUAAUAAGCCUUACGGAGUUUGUGCUUUUGUACCUAAGACUUGUAAUUGUACCUCUUGUGCUACUCCUCUGCUCUAAGCCUUAACCAGACGUAUUCAGUAUUUGAAAUUUAUGAUUUUCUUCAACGAUCUCAAGUUAAUACUAUGAUUAUGAUUGGAUUCA